CGUGAUCAAUAUGGCGGAAUUUCGGAAAAAGAUGUCGGUAAAGGAAUUAUGAUAAAACAUCGAACAGAUGUGUUUAUUGAGCACAUAGCUGGGUUAAUGAGCACUCGUCGGACACAGUAACAGUAGUUACUUUCUUUUUUUUGGUCGUAAGGAUCAUCUGCAGACAUUUAAGGAACUUUAUUUUGGAAAGACAUGGCAGACGAGCGCAGACAGAAGCAAUGCACUGUUGUGCUCCCCACCGAGUCAAUGAAGGUGAUGGCAGAGUCGGUGGGUGUGCAGCUGCAGGAGGAGAGCUGUGCGGCCCUGAGCGAGGAAGUAAGUUAUCGUAUCAAAGAAAUAGCGCAAGAUGCUCUCAAGUUUAUGCAUCAUGGAAAGAGACGAAAACUAACCACAAGCGACAUUGAUCAUGCUCUUAAACUUAAAAACGUGGAGCCGCUGUAUGGCUUCCAAUCACAGGAGUUCAUUCCGUUUCGUUUUGCAAGUGGUGGAGGACGCGAGCUUCAUUUCUAUGAAGAGAAGGAGGUUGACCUUAGCGAUAUAAUCAACACACCGCUCCCGCGAGUUCCGCUUGACGUCUCGCUAAAGGCUCACUGGUUAAGCAUUGAAGGAGUUCAGCCGGCUAUCCCUGAGAACCCUCCCCCUGCUCCGAAAGAGCAACAGAAAGCCGAGUCCACAGAACCUCUCAAAGCUGUCAAACCGGGACAAGAAGAAGAGGGCUCUAUUCAGGGCAAGGGGCAGGGCGCCACCUCUGCCGAGGGCAAAGGGAAGAAAGAGGCCAUGAUGCGGAUCAAGCCCCGCAGCACCCACGAGCUGUCCGUGGAGCAGCAGCUGUAUUACAAGGAGAUCACGGAGGCAUGCGUGGGCUCGUGCGAGGCCAAGCGAACCGAGGCCCUCCAGAGCGUCGCCACGGACCCCGGCCUGUACCAGAUGCUCCCACGCUUCAGCACGUUCAUCUCCGAGGGCGUCCGCGUGAACGUGGUGCAGAACAACCUGGCCCUGCUCAUAUACCUGAUGCGGAUGGUCAAGGCGCUAAUGGACAACCCCACCCUCUACCUCGAGAAGUACCUGCACGAGCUCCUGCCGGCCGUGGUCACCUGCAUCGUCAGCAAGCAGCUGUGCCUGCGGCCGGACGUGGACAACCACUGGGCCUUGAGAGACUUCGCCGCCAGGCUCAUGGCACAGAGCUGCAAGACGUUCAGCACCACCACCAACAACAUCCAGUCCCGCAUCACCAAGACCUUCACCAAGAGCCUGCUGGACGAGAGGACCCAGUGGACGACACGCUACGGUGCGAUUGCGGGCCUCUCCGAGCUCGGCCCCGACGUCAUCAAGACGCUCAUCCUGCCCCGGCUGUCCAUGGAGGGUGCGCGCAUCAAGGCCGUCAUGGAGGGGCCUGUCGUUUCCAACAUCGACAAGAUCGGCGCAGACCACGUGCAGAGCCUGCUGCUGAAGCACUGCGCCAGCGUCAUCGCCAAGACCCGGCCGCUGCCGGACAUCGUGGACCAGUACCGGGCCGACUACGGCUACCUGGGGCCCGUGCUGUGCUCCCACGUGGUGAAGGCACGGGCGCAGGCGGCACUGCAGGCGCAGCAGGUCAACCGCACCACGCUGACCAUCACGCAACCACGGCCCUCGCUCACCGUGGCACAGUCUGGCCUGGGGGGCUCAGGUGGCACACGGCCGCCCAGCAUCAUCAAGGUGCCCAGCUCGCUCACGCUCAUGUCCACGCGGCCCGGCACGCCCACGCAGCCGUCGCCGCCGGCAACCAAGUACAUCGUGAUGCAGACGAGCGCGGGGGCAGCGUCCACCCAGCAAGUGAUCACACUGACGUCGGCGCAGUCGGGCUCGCCGGUCACGAGCACGGUGUCCAGCACGCCCACCUCCCUCCAGCCGUUGGUCAAGGUGGAGUCGGGGGGCGCGGGCGCGUCCAGGCCGCUCCAGAAGUACAUCGUGGUGUCUCUGCCCACGUCGUCCGCCUCGUCGCUGGACAAAGGCGCCGGAGGGGCCCCUCAUGUCACCACCUCGCCCCUCACCAUGGAGCCCAGCGUCAAGAUGGAGCGUUCGGAGUCGCCUGCGGCUAGCACACAGUCCCCGCACUGAGAGAGAGAUGGACAAAGACACACACGCACACGUACACAUACACACUUUUUUUAUCCUGAUGCGGUUUUCUCCAUAUUAUUAUUAUAUUCUUGCGCACCCACACACACACAACCCUGAGCGAGGCUCUCCGUGCUGACGUGUCAGAUUGGGGUGUUAGUGGGCCUGUUUUUAUAUGUGUGCUGGAAAGGAGGGGGAGGAACGGCAGGAAGAAUUUUGGAAACUGUUCAUAGCUGUGAGGAAAAAAACAAAAUAUUUGACAUGAUGCAUGAAACCUUGUAUCGUACACAUUAAAGUAGGCUAAUAAAAAUUCAUUUUUUUAAAUGCGUGGCACAAAAUGGCCGUUACUCAAAUGUCAAAAAUAUGUCUGAAUGGUAGUAUUUUCAUUUUUAAUAAGGCUUCAAUUAGAUACAAGAUGAACAUGACUGAGUGUUAUGACUCCAUCAAAGUAAUAAUAUAUACAAUUUCUGAAACCAAUGUUUAGUGAUUUCUACAUCCUCAAAGGGCACUGUUUAAUUAUUGUUUGCAUAGCAUUGUAAAAUGAUGUGUGUUGAGCUAACGUUAGCUCACCAAACAGUUUUGUAAUAAAUAAUUCAUAAAUAAACAAGCAAACUUCCCUGUCAAAAUCA